GCUCUCCAAUAUCGUUUGUGGCAGAAACGGACCGGGAGGCAAGAAUAUAUGCUGCCAUUGCAUCAAAUGUAUGGAGCACAUUCGACAAGGGAACGAAAAACAUGACUCAAGACGACGGCGUGAGGUUCUUGGUUGUUGAAUGCGAGGAGGGCACUCUUGCAUUGACAACAGUAUCAAAGAUGAUGCUAUGUCUCGUUGCUAAACCAGAAGUAGGAAUCGCAAUAUUGAAAGCAAAGUCCGAUGCUUUAGUUAAGCAUCUAGAAGAACCACUAGCAAACGUU